AUGGGGCAGACUGCGAGCUGCCUAGCGGCCAAGGAACAGCACAACAGGCAGUCUGCAGGUAGGGACCGCUGAAUGAACCACUAUAUAGUUAAUGAUUGUUAUUGUUGACAUAACAUACAGUGAUGUAGGCCUAAGUGUUUUUGUUCACACUGACUGAAGAACAUAAAAACCUGCACUUUGACAGUAUCACUUGAGUUUAUUUAAGCUACACCUUAGCAGUUCACACUGACUGACAUGUCUUUAGAGGUGGUUGAGGCAAACCCCACUGUGUGGAUGUGUUGAUAUAGACUCCUUGUCGCUGAGGGAGAGGAAGCAGAGGGACCGUGAGAAGUGCGUGUCUCUAGUGCUAUGGAAGAAACCGCUCGUCACGCUACACUACUUCCUGCUUGAGCUGCUCAUCACCCUGAAGGACUGGAAGUGGAGGUGAGAAACUCACUCAGACCCUCACCUGUCACCUGUUUUUUGCCGUCAUUUAGGACAAGUUUGUGUGGUCUUCUCAAUUUUUAUAUUGUUGAAUCAGUGUUACAAAGUAAGUGUUGAUUAUAACGUUUUGAGUACAAAGUAUUGAAUAAGUGUUACAAAAUGGGAAAUAAAGAGUAUUGAUUAAGUGUUGAAAUGGAAAGUAUUUUAGUCUCUGUAGAAACAGAUGUUAAGUUCACAAAUCUCCCCAACACUGUGCUCUAUUGCAUGUCAGACUGAGCAAGUAAACAGUCUAGCUAGUCUGGUGUUUGUAGGAAGACAAAGGUCUUAGUCCACACAUACUCCCUACUGCUGAGGGUGAGGUCAUGAUAUGGCAGCCCAGCCACAGACAGACUUGGAGGCAGCAGGGUCAGAGUCUACACUACAAGAUAGAGGCUCUUUGUUAAUUUGUCUUUCCUCUAUUCCUCGCGUCCUCUGUCCUCGCCUCCUUCUCUAACUGCAUUUGGGGAGAAGAUCCAAGGUCCCUCCCUUUGGACCUUCUCCUUCAAAAUGUUUUGAGAAGGAGGCGAGGAGAAAGGAUGUGCAGACAGACAGACCUUGAGACUCUCCCUGCUGCCCUCCUGGCUCGCUCCCCUGUACUUAAUCCUUUCUGCCUGGCUGUACAGUCCGACAAUACAAGACAGGAUCAUUUAUUAAAACAACUACGUAAGCAGGGAGUAGUUAACCUUCAUUGAUGUUGCAAUGAAAGACACCAAUUAGAUGCCCUGCCAAAAUUGAUUUUUUUUUUCCCAGCCCAUUUAAAAAAGUGUUUAUCAGAAUACUAUUGUGAGUUUAUAGUGAGUUCAGUCGAAUAAUACUCCCACAAAUGCCGUAUCACUGCAGGCUCAAUGAUGAUGAUGAUAUGGAACCGGUUUCUGAUAUGAAUAACCUUGCCCCAAACAUGAUCCCUAUGUUUUCCCUGUUUUCAGUCACUUAAUACUCUAUUGACGUAAGGGCCAGUAUGAAAAAUGUAUGCGCUCACUAACUGUAAGUCGCUCUGGAUAAGAGCGUCUGCUAAAUGACAAAAUGUAAAUUAAAGGAGGUCAUUGUGCACACCUUGAGAGCCUCUUGUGGUUGAGUCUGAGGGCAACAUGUUUAUUUACUAAAUGACAAGAGGACGUGGUGAAUCUCAGGCAUCACAAGGCGAGUACCGUGCUGAGAGUAUGAGAGAGAGAUUCCUAUGACCGAAAACAUGUUCUGAACAGCGGCAUCCUGACGAGACUACGUCGGUGAGCAAAUACACCGUCAUUGCCCUCUGUUCUACAUGGGCGAACGUGCAUUCACUGGAGAAUAAACUGGAUGAGUUCCGUUCGAGACUAUCCUAUCAAAAAACGGUAAUAUGCUAUGUUUCUCGGAAUUGUGGCUGAAUGAGGACAUGGAUAAUAUACAUCUCGCUGGUUUUUCUAUGUAUGGUCAAGACCGGUCGGCAGACUCGGGUAAGACGAAGGGAGGAGGGGUGUGUCUCUUUUUUUAAUAACAGCUGGUGCGCGAUCUUUAAUGUUAAGGAGUUUUUGCUGCCUGAGUUAGAAUACCUCAUGAAAAGCUGCAGACCAUACUAUUUACCAAGAGUGUUUUCAUCUAUAUAUUUUGUAGCUGUCUAUUUACCACCACAAACCGAUGCUGGUACUAAGACCGCACUCAACAAGCUGUAUAGGGCCAUAAGUAAACAAGAAAAUGCAUGUUCAGUGGUUGCUCGUGGCUGGGGAUUUCAAUGCAGGGAAACUUAAAUCUGCUUUACCAAAUUUUUACGAGCAUGUCACCUGUGCAACUGAAGGUGGCAAAACUCUAGAUAACUUUUACUCCACACUCAAAAAUGCAUACAAGACCCUCCCUUUGGCAAAUCUGACCAUAACUCCAUCCUCCUGCUUCCUGCUUACAAGCAAAAACUCAAACAGGAAGUACCAGUGACACGCUCAAUGCGGAAGUGGUCCGAUGAAGCGGAUGCUAAGCUACAGGACUGUUUUGCUAGCACAGACUGGAAUAUGUUCCAGGAUUCAUCCAUUUAACACAUCAGUCACCAGCUUCAUUAAUAAUAAGUCCGUUGACUGUUGUCCCCACAGUAACUGUAUGUACAUACCCCAACCAGAAGCCAUGGAUUAUAGGCAGCAUCUGCACUGAGCUAAAGGCUAGAGCUGCCGCUUUCAAAGAGCGGUACACUAUUCCAGACGCUUAUAAGAAUUCCUGCUACGACCUCCGAGCCAUCAAACAGGCAAGCGUCAAUACAGGACUAAGAUCAAAUCCUAAUGGAUUACCAGGCAAGCUAAAUGCCUACUAUGCUCACUUUGAGACAAGCAAACUGAACCAUGCAUGAGAGAACCAGCUGUUCCGGACGACUGUGUGAUCUCGCUCUGCGUAGCCGAUGUAAGUCCUUUACAGGUUAACAUUUGCAAGGCUGCAUGGCCAGACAGAAUACCAGGACGCAUACUCAUGUGAUGACCAGCUGGCAAGUGUCUUCACUGACAUUUUCAACCUAUCCCUGCCCCGUCUGUAAUACCAACUUAUUUCAAGUAGACCACCAUAAUCCCCGUGCCCAAGAAUGCCAAGGUAACCUGCCUAAAUGACUAUCUCCCUGUAGCACUCACAUCUAUAGCCAUGAAAUGUUUUGAAAGGCUGGUCAUGGCUCACAUUAACACCAUCAUCCCAGACACCCUGGACCCACUCCAAUUUGCAUACUGCCCCAACAGAUCCACAGAUGAUCCAAUCUCUAUUGCACUCAACACUGCCCUCACCCACCUGGACAAAAAGAAUACCUAUGUAGUAAAAAAACAGCAUUUUUACAUCUAUGCAUUCAACGCCAUAGUCCCCUCCUAGCUCACCACCAAGCUAAGGACCCUUGGACCAGGCAGUGAGGGUAGGCAACAACACAUCCGCCACGCUGACCAUCAACACAGGGGCCUCUCAGGGGUGAGUGCUUAGUCCCCUCCUGUACUCCCUGUUUACCCACGACUGUGUGGCCACACAAGACUCCAACAUCAAGUUUGCUGAUGACACGACGGUGUUAGAACUGAUCACCGACGAGGAUGAGGCAGCCUAUAGGAAGAAUGUCAGAGACCUGGCAGUGUAGUGCAAGGACAAGAACCUCUCCCUCAAUGUCAGCAAGACAAAGGAGCUGAUCGUGGACUACAGGAAACGGAGGAGCAAGCACGCCCCCAUCCACAUCUGUGUGUAGUGGAGCGGGUCGAGAGCUUCAAGUUCCUCAGUGUCCACAUCACAAAGGAAUGAACAUGGUCCACACAGACCCACACAGUUGUAAAGAGGGCAUGACAGCGCCUCUUCAUUCUCAGGAGGCUGAAUAGAUUUGGCAUGAGCCCUCAGAUCCCCAAAAUUCUACAGCUGCACCACUGAGAGCAUCUUGACUAGCUGCAUCACCGCUUUAUACGGCAACUGCAAGGUACCCGACCGCAAGGCGCUACUGAGGGUGGUGAAUACAGCCCAGUUCAUCACUGGGGCCGAGCUCCCUGCCAUCCAGGACCUCUAUACCAGGCUGUGUAAAAGGAAGCCCCAAAAAAUGGUUUAAGACUCCAGCCACCCAAGCCAUAGACUGUUCUCUCUGCUGAACAUCAAGUCUGACACUAACAGGCACCUGAACCGCUUCUAUCCCCAAGCCAUAAGACUGCUAAAUAGAUAACAAAAUGGCUACUAUCUGCAUUGACCCUUCUAUUGUUAUUUUCGACUGUCUCAAUGCACACUCUGGAACUGACCGUGUAUAUAGUUUACUUACAUUCCUGUGUUCUUCUUAUUUCUAUUUCUCGUGUGUUUUUGUUGUACUUGAAUUUUUCAUACUUUUUUCAUGGAACUACUGAUAUAGAUUACUGCAUUGUUUGUAAAGCGCAAGCAAGAAAGGCUUUUCACUGUACUAGUGCACAUGACAAUACAACUUUUAGGGUUAGGGUUGAGGCUAGGGUUAGGAUUAGAGUUGAGGCUAGGGUAAGGGUUGAGCCAGCAUGUGAACAUGAAGCAAGGGUUAGGGUUGAGGGUUAGCGUUAGGGUUGAGCCAGAAUGUGGAUAUAAAGGUAAGGGUUAGCUUUAUUCACUUAAUAAUCUCACAUUUGAUUGAACAUGCAUUUAAAUCAUGAACUGCAUUUCAGUUAAUUCCUGAACAGACAAAUAAUCUAAACGGCAACCCCUCAGCCUCAGACGCCCACUUAAACACACUGGGAGGAUCAGCCUGCGUGCCAGCUCAAAUCCAGGGGGCUGAUAGUUGUCACCCGCUUCCCUUGAAAAACUGUUUGCCCUACAGCCAAUUCUGUCGAAUCAAAAGAAUUUGCAAAAAUACAGUCUGAUUUCGACAGAAAUAUGGCUGAGACGCAAAGAAAAUUCAAGGAGAGGGGGUACAAAAAUGGUCAGAUUAAUACUGCCAUUGAGAAAAUUCAAAACAAAUCAAGACAUCUCUUUCAAGGACAGUCUCGUAAAAAGAAGCAUUCUUACGUUCUAACUACACGCUAUUCAAAGUGCUCUGAACAAAUUUAAGGGAAUCGUUCACAAACAUUGGCACAUUCUGGGAUCCGAUGACAGUAUAGGUAAUGUGUUUUCGGACCCUCCCUUGGUAGUAUUCUCGCGGGGCAGAAAUCUCAGAUCAAUUGAUAAACUCUGAUUUAUCACACAAAAAUAUCUCUUUGCACCUCUACCAGAUGGAAACGAGAAGUGUAAUGGUUGCGCUCAAUUCAAUGGCACUUACAAAUGUACAUCCUCAAAACACCCCCAAACAGGGAAACAGAUCCCAAUAAAAGGUGUUAUCACGUGCUCCACUAAGGCAGUUAUUUAUCUUAUAACUUGUCCUUGUGGUAAAAAUGAUGUGGGUAAAAUAAAGCGUGAAUUAAAAGGACGAAUCUCGAAGCAUCAUAGCACCAUUAGGUGCAAAAACUCGACGUACCCAGUCGCGGCACACUUUUUGGAAGCGAACCACUCGAUUACGUUAUAUCGGCAUCGAACAUGUCACCCUCCCUAGGAGAGGUGGUGACCUCGACAACAUAUUGUUAAGACGAGAGACUGCCUGGAUCUUUAAUUUAUAGACCCUUGCUCCCUUCGGUCUCAACGUAGACUUUGAUCUGAAGCCAGUCUUGUGAUUUUGCUAUUCAUUGUAAAUGUUUGUGGGCCUAUGUAGCCAGAUUGUGAUCGUAUGCUAUCCAUUCAUGUUUUUUCUAUGUUCUGUUUAUCUGUGAAUUAACCAAUAUCAGUCCACACCCGGCCAUGAUUAGACACCUGUGUGUGUCCUUUGACACUAUAUAAACUAGUGACCCACAGUGUUUGUCACUAUACCCUGAUGAAGAUAGCUUGUCUGUCAACGUUGGUUAUUAUAUUAUUGCAUCUGAGCUCCUAGAGUGUGCAGCUCUCCUUUUCUUUUUCAAGAGCUCAAGGCCAGCCACCAUCUGGUCUGCCCAUUUGCUCAUCCUCCUCUCCCUCCCCCUUAUCUUCUUUACCUCCCUCCCCUCCUCCUCUUUUCCCUCUUUCCUCCAUCCCUCUCUUCUUUCCUCAGGUUAUGGCGACAAAGACAUUCUGUCUUCUCUGCUGGUGCUGGUCACCCUCUUCUCUAUCGCCUACUCUGUUGAAGGAAAACAUCAGAAGGUGAAGUGUGUGUGUGUGUGUGUCACGUCUGUAGUAAAUUAGCUGUUCAUUUGGUACAGUGUGUGUGCAUCAGGGGUUGCUAAUUAACGUUCCUAAGCCUUUAUAAAGCUGUUGUCUCCAGAGAUCACAAGCUGAAAAAAAAGAGUAUUAAACUUACUACACACUUACCUUCACACACUUACCUUCACCUGCCCUAUUUACCACAUGCCCUAUUUAAUCGGUACAUUAGCUGUACCACAUGAACAGCUAAUUUACUGAGCGCACACACACACUGUACCAAAUGAACAGCUAAUGUACCACAGUAAAAGUGGCUCCAGAGAUCCAGACAGAAUUGCUUUAAAGCUGCAGCACCAAAUAUUUUAUUGUCCAUGUUAAACUCCUAAACUCUAGUCCUAAGGUGUUACGUCAUUAAUUCUUGGUAACCCUGAAAACAAUUGGACAUGGCUGGCACUUCCCACCCAGGCUUUUUAAGAGGCCAUGAGAGAUGCUGCUGCUGCAUAUAAUGUUUUUGUUUUCCUCUGUUCACUGGGGUUUUCUGGGAAAUGAGUUUGGUGCCAGAAAAACUCCACAGUGUUCCCGUAAUCUACAACAUCACUGGCUCUUCCUGAAAACAACCUGUCUGCCCAUUUGAGGAGGUGGUGUUGGUCCAUAUACUGUAUGAUUGAUGGAGGGAGAGAUGGGCGGGGGAAGAGAGGGAGAGAGAGGGAAAGAGUUGUGUAAGAGCUGACUUCCUUGUAGAAUAACAGUUAUUCUGCUCUUCUCUUUGUGUGUGUUGUUUUGAAUCUGAACACUCCUAUCCUACGGCCCUGUCCUCUAAAACUCUCAACAACAGGCACUAACUGAUGAUAUUUUGCUCAUUCUCCCUCUCUCUCUCUAUCACAUGCCCUCUCACCCCUGCCACUCUCUGCUUCGCCUCUCUCUAUUACUUGCGCUCUCUCACCCUCUCUGCCCCUCUCUCCCUCCCUCACGCUCUCCAGGUAGAAUCAGGAAUUCCCCAGGGCUGCUGUCUAGGCCCAUUACUUUUUUCAAUCUUUACUAAUGACAUGCCACUGGCUUUGAGUAAAGCCAGAGUGUCUAUGUAUGCCGGAUGACUCAACACUAUACAUGUCAGCUACUACAGCGACUGAAAUGACUGCAAUACUUAACAAAGAGUUGCAGUUAGUUUCAGAGUGGGUGGCAAGGAAUAAGUUAGUCCUAAAGAUUUCUAAAACUAAAAGCAUUGUAUUUGGGACAAAUCAUUCACUAAACCCUAAACCUCAACUAAAUCUUGUAAUAAAUAAUGUGGAAAUUGAGCAAGUUGAGGUGACUAAACUGUUUGGAGUAACCCUGGAUUGUAAACUGUCAUGGUCAAAACAUAUUGAUACAACAGUAGCUAAGAUGGGGAGAAGUAUGUCCAUAAUAAAGCGCUGCUCUACCUUAACAGCACUAUCAACAAGGCAGGUCCUACAGGCCCUAAUUUUGUCACACCUGAACUACUGUUCAGUCAUGUGGUCAGGUGCCACAAAAAAGGACUUGCAAUUUGCUCAGAACAGGGCUGCAUGGCUGGCCCUUGGAUGUACACAGAGAGCUAAUAUUAAUAAUAUGCAUGUCAAUCUCUCCAACUCAAAGUGGAGGAGAGAUUGACUUCAUCACUACUUGUAUUUAUGAGAGGUAUUGACAUGUUGAAUGCACCGAGCUGUCUGUUUGAACUACUGGUGCACAGCACGGUCACCCAUGCAUACCCCACAAGACAUGCCACCAGAGGUCUCUUCACAGUCCCCAAGUCCAGAACAGAUUAUGGGAGGCGCACAGUACUACAUAGAGCCAUGACUACAUGGAACUCUAUUCCACAUCAAGUAACUGAUGCAGGUAGUAAAAUUUAGAUUUAAAAAACAGAUAAAAACACCUUAUGGAACAGCGGGGACUGUGAAGCAACACAAACAUAGGCGCAGACACUUGCAUACACACGCACUAUACACACACGUACACAUGGAUUUUGUACUGUAGAUAUGUGGUAGUGGUGGAGUAGGGGCCUGAGGGCACACUGUGUGUUGUGAAUGUAUUGUAAUGUUUUUAAAAUUGUAUGAACUGCCUUAAUUUUUCUGGACCCCAGGAAGAGAAGGCAGCAGCUAAUUGGGAUCCAUAAUAAAUACAAAUACUUGCUCUCUCACCCUCUCCCCACUGCUCCCCCUCUUUUUCUGUGGCGCACUUUCACUUUCUGCCUCAUGUUUACCUUCUCUCACUCUCUUGUCCCUCCCUCCUUUCUCUAGAACGGAGUAGGGUGCACACAGUGCACACGCAAAACCUCCUGUCUCUCCUACUUCGUUUUUUCUCUCACUCUGCCUGAGUCUCCCAUGGCUGACUGUCUCGGUCUGCUGUGAAGCUGACACUGUCUCUCUGUCUGUGUCUGUCCCCUGUGUGCAGUAUGUGCAGCACAUGGAGAAGAGGUUCCUGUGGUGUGCCUACUGGGUAGGCUUGGGUAUCCUGUCCUCUGUGGGACUGGGGACUGGCCUGCACACCUUCCUCCUGUACCUGGUAAGAACUCUCAUUUACAAUGCAAAUACACAUUUCCACAAUGGUCAGAGAACACUGUUAUAUACCAUGCAAAUACAUGUUCAUAUUCAAAAAGAGAUCCUUACAACAGUCUCCUGCCAUAGAAAUGCAUGCUGAUGCUCAGAUUGCACCUAGCCUAAAAACACUUUCAUAUACCAUCCAAAUCCUUGUUACUUCUCAGGUUGAAAUAUCCUCUCUGUAUGAUGUUACUUAGUCAGUCCCACUGCGUAUGAUGUCCGUCUCAAACUCGGUGUUGAUGCGUGUGUGUGUAUAGAACAGUGUGUUACGUUUCCCUCAGUGA